AUGGACCACGACAAGGGAGGGCUGCCUCCGUACAGCGCUGUCGGCGAUAGCUCGUCGUCUCCCCGCUGGCGCGAGCUCCGACAACGCCGCAUGCGCCGAUCACGGGCUUUCAAGCUCGUCGGCCUAGGCGCGCUCCUCUUUAUCGUCUACGCUCAAUGGACCCAGCUCAGCCAGUCACGCAUCCCUUCAACCAGACUGUCGCUUGCCAGGCUCCAACAGGAUCUGGAAACAUGCAAAACCCUCCGCCACAAGCCCCAGGAUCCCAUUGGUCUUGGCCGCGAGCGCAAUGCUCGCUACGUCGAGGGCAUCAAACCUACCCUGAUCCAAAACGCGACCGUAUGGGUCGGUGAGCCUGUUGAGGGUACCCCUGCGGAUCAGGCCAGGAAUGGCUCCGGCUACGCUUGGAUCACUGCCGAUGUAUUUGUCCAGCAAGGCCUCAUCAUGAGGGUUGAGUCCAAGAUCUCUCCUGCAUCACUACCCAAGGAUACAGUAUGCUGGGAUGCAAAGGGUCGCCAGCUCACAAGCGGUAUUGUCGAUAUGCACAGUCACGCAGGAGUUGAUCCUCUGCCCGGUCUUGUCGGUGACGACGACACCAACGAGAUGUCUGCUGACACCACGCCCUAUGUGCGUUCCAUCGACGGCAUCAAGCCCCUCGAUCACCAAAUCCAAGUCAUCAAGUCUGGAGGCGUCACUACUAGCCUAGUGCUUCCGGGUUCUGGCAAUAACAUCGGUGGCGAGGCGUACGUGAUCAAGCACGCAGUCGGCUCCCAAGAUGGUCGUCCCGAACUCAGUGUUGCCGAUAUGCUAGCAGACCCGGAUCGCAACUGGCGGUACAUGAAAAUGGCCUGCGGCGAAAAUGCCAAGCGCGUUUACGGCAAGGUUGGCGAGCAUGGCCCUGUCAGCCGCUUGGGCGAGUCUUGGGAGUUCCGCCACGCAUUCGAGCAGGCCGCCGAGAUUGUCCGGGCACAGGACGACUGGUGUGAUGCAGCCGAGGCCCUGGGGGUGGACAAGAUGGACACCUACUUACCACAGGAGAUCAGAUGGGAGUCGCUUGGUGCGGUGCUCCGAGGCCAAGUUCAUGUCAACACGCACUGCUAUACGAUUCCUGACCUCGAGGCUUUUGUCGACCACACCAACGAGUUCAAGUUCCCCUUGCGGGCGUUUCAUCAUGCCCAUCAGACCUUUUUAGUCCCAGAGAUCCUCAAACGGACCUGGGGAGGUGCGCCAGCCUCGGCCCUCUUCGCUGACAACAUGUACUACAAGGCCGAGGCCUACAUUGGCUCCGAGUACGCCGGCAAGUUUCUCUGGGAUGAAGGUCUGACACCCGUCUAUGUGAGCGAUAAUCCUGUGCUCAACGCCCAGCAUGUCGUGUUUGAAGCUGCCAAGGGGUAUCGGUAUGGCCUGCCAUAUCAUGUGGCGCUUGCAAGCGUCACUACUGCACCAGCCGAACGACUAGGCCUUGGUCAACGCAUCGGCAAGAUCAAGCCUGGGUUCGAUGCCGACAUUGUUGUUUGGGACAGCGAUCCGCUCAGUGUGGGUGCCGCGCCUGUCCAGGUGUGGAUCGAUGGAACUGCGCAGUUCGAGGACCCUGUCGAGUUGGAUAAGCCUCUGACAGCGCCCAUCGUGCCCAAUGAGGAUCUGAGUGAUAUUCCCGAAGAAGAACUCAAGCUAGAGAAUGUCGUCUUCACGGGUGUGUCCAAAGUCCUCAUCAAUGGACAGAACAUCGCUUCUGACAAUGGCAACCUCAACGUUGCCAUCUCCAACGGCCGCGUCACCUGUAUUGGACCCUGCGGCGACGCACUCCUUGCCGCUUCCAAACCUGGCAGCGACAGCAGAGUCAUUCUCCUGCGUGAUGGCCACAUCACCCCAUCCUACACAGCAUUUGGCUCCAGCCUCGGGCUGAACGAGAUCGACAUGGAGGCGGACACUGACAAUGGCCCUUCCGGCGAUGCAUUCACCCGUGGGCUUGACGGGCUCGCCCUCGACGGGAAGAAGCUGCACGUCGCGCACAAAUACGGCGUGACGCGCGCCAUCUCUGCUCCCAAGCUGUCUGGCCAGAUGACACACCGCGGCACGAGCGUGGGCUUCCUGACCGGCGCCGCCACAGCGCUCGACAAGGGCGCCGUGUUUGCCGACAAUGCGGCCGUCCACUACACUCUCUCCCUGGACGCGAAGAGCGACAAGACGCCCUCCAUAUCCGGGCUCGUCGGCGCCCUGCGCCGCGCCCUCCUGGAAGCCGUGCGUAGCAACGAGACCACGGUAGCGGACCCAUACUCCGAGGCAGCACAGCUCCGCAAGGUCGUCGCCGGCGAGAAAGCCCUCGUCCUGACGGUCCACAGCGCGGACGUCAUCGCCGCCGCACUGCGCGUCAAGGCCGAGGUCGAGCGCGAGGCGGGAACCACGCUACGUGUUGUCAUCCUCGGAGGCGCGGAGGCGCACCUCAUGGCCGGGGAGCUCAAGGCAGCCGGCGUCGGCGUCGUGCUGGCGCCGGCGCAGUCGUACCGCGCUACGUGGGACCAGCGGCGGGCGCUGACGGGCGCACCGCUGACCAACGGCACGGCGGUGGACGCGCUGGUGCGCGAGGGUGUGGCAGUGUCGCUGGGGCUCGAGGAGGACUGGCUCGUGCGGGAUAUGGGUCUGCUCGCGGGCAUCGCGUGGCGUAACGGCGAGGGGAGGCUGACUGAAGAGGAGGCUUUGGGGUUGGUGGCGGGGAAUAUCUACAAGAUGCUCGGGCUGGAGAGGUCUGAGGAGGACGAGAGUGGGCAUUUUGUUAUUUCUGAAGGGAGUCCCUUGGAUAUCGCGUCGAGGGUGAAGGCGGUUGGUGGGGGGUUGGGGUAUGUUAGUGUUUAUAUGUGA